CGCAAUUUUUUCGAUUCUUCAUCGUCAAUCGUAUUCCUGAUGAUUGAACUCAAUAACUAUUUGUUUUGAAAAAGUAGAGAAUUUUUGGUUUAGAUGUCUAUUAGUUCAAAGAUAACAUCCAUUCAAGUCCCCAAAAAUGUUGAAACUUGGGCAUUUAUCUCGGACACUACAUCGUACAGACUCCAUGGUGUCACUCUGCUACCGGUCUCUUGCCACCUACAUCGCUGAAGAUAAUCUUCAAGGUCUUCAAGGAUUUCUUGAAAUCAAACGUAUUGCCAUUGAUGAUCGUGAUGAGAAUGGCAGUACAGCACUCAUAUAUGCCUCCUCCAAAGGUAAAAUCCAAUUCGUCCGAGAACUCAUCAACCACGGAGCAGACGUCAACGCUGAGGAUGCAGACAAUUGGACUGCACUCCUCUGCGCAGCGAAGGAGGGACACACAGACGUAUGUCUGGAACUGCUGGAUCAUGGCGCAGACCUAGAACACAGAGACAUGGGAGGAUGGACAGCCCUGAUGUGGGCAACCUACAAAGGAAGACUCGUCACCGUGAAAUUCCUAUUGUCUCGCGGUGCUGAUGUCCAUGCUCACGGCAACUACCAUAUCUCCUCAUUGCUUUGGGCGUCAGGUCGUGGGUACAUAGACAUCGUCAGAGAACUCAUUGCCUAUGGAGCUAAAGUCAAUGUUGGAGAUAAAUACGGAACAACUGCGCUCGUAUGGGCCUCUCGUAAAGGAAACCUUGAGAUUGUCGAUGUUUUGUUGAAAGCUGGGGCUAAUGUCGACACCGCAGGGAUGUAUUCCUGGACGGCUCUCAUCGUUGCGACCCUAGGGAACCAUGUCGACACGGUUAUGCUUCUCCUAGAGCACAAACCAAACGUAAAUGCUCUUGAUAAAGACGGGAAUACAGCUUUGGCCAUAGCUUCUCGUGAAGGCUACCAUGAAAUAGUCAGCGCUCUGUUGAACGCUGGUGCAUACAUAAAUAUUCAGGAUCGUAAUGGCGAUACGAAUCUCAUCCAUGCGGUGAAGGGCGGUCAUCGAAGUGUUGUAGAAGCUUUGUUGAAGAAAUACGUCGAUGUUGACGUAGCUGGGAAGGACAAGAAGACAGCAACCUACAUUGCUGUAGAAAAGGGCAAUUUAGCGAUCCUAAAAAUGCUUCUAAAUGCCAAUCCCGAUCUCGAGAUUGCGACAAAGGAUGGGGAUACUCCCUUACUACGAGCUGUGAGAUCACGAAACGCUGAGAUUGUCCAGCUACUACUGGACAAGAAAGCGAAAGUAUCGGCAACUGAUAAGAAAGGUGAUAGUGUCCUACACAUCGCCAUGCGUGCGCGAUCGAAGGCUAUCGUUGAGAUCCUUCUACGGAAUCCAAAGAACAGUCAGCUGCUGUAUCGUCCAAAUCGGCAGGGCGAGACGCCUUACAAUAUUGAUAUAAAACACCCGAAGACAAUAUUAGGACAAAUUUUUGGAGCUAGAAGGUUGAAUACUAAUGAAGACAAUGAGAAUAUGCUCGGGUACGAUCUUUACAGCAGUGCGCUUGCUGAUAUUCUCAGUGAACCGUCAUUAUCAACACCGAUCACGCUCGGUCUCUACGCGAAAUGGGGGUCUGGCAAGUCAUUCCUGUUGAACAAAUUACGAGAGGAGAUGAAGAACUUCGCGAGACAGUGGAUCGACCCGACUUUUCAGUUCUCAUCCCUCUUGUUUUGUUCGACAAGUCACGUAUCAUUGUUUCUUGGAGUUAUGUUAGGGCUUGCUUUGCAGUCUUGGAUCGUCGGCGUGGUCUUCGGUGGUGCUCUCUUCUGCACUGUCUACGUUUGUCUGAUCCUCGUGUGGUACGCCAACAAGAAGUACGACUGGUACUGGCCGUACAACGUCACUGUAGCCUUAACUAAGAAACUGAAUUCCUUCAAGCUCUUGCUGCAAAUCAUAUUCUGUCAUCCACCGGGCGGGAGAAUCAGUACUGACCCGUCUGAAAUAACAACCACUAUACAACCCAUAAAAUUCUACUUCACGGAUCAGACCAGAGUUGGAACGACAGCAGCAGGUGAAAAUGCUGUUGUUCAGAUGGUCGGGUCCUUGUACGAUUCCAUCGAAAAUGAUUUCGGAUCCCUUGCCACACGGUUGUACCGUGCAUUCCGACCGAAACCGGUCAAAUCUACUACUUCAUGGACGUGGAGACACCUCUGCUGUCUGCCUUACAUCGUCAUAUUCGAAUUCUGCUUCCUAAGUCUGCUCAUUGGCAUCUCCACAUUAACAAUAUAUUUAUUGGAUCCUUAUCAUAAGCCAAGACCUGUACCUACCAUCAACACGAACUCAUCAAGUCUGAACGAUUCAAUUCCGCUAUUGCCCCCAAAACCUGAAGAAUCCAUCAUAGACCCUGUAACGGCGUACAUAAUAAUGGGCACCGUUGGUCUCAUCCUAGCCUUCAGCAUAAUCGCCAAUCUCUACACAUGGAGCAGAAUCUUCCACUCAUUACUAUUCUCUCAAAGACGUCAUCUUCAUCGAACUAUAGCCAAAUUAGAUUCCCUGAAGAGCGAAGGGUUCAUUCAAACGUUAAGAGCCGAAGUCCACAUGAUGACGGAAAUGGUCAAGUGCCUAGACAGCUUUACAUCUCAACAGAGCAGACUAGUACUGAUCGUGGAUGGACUGGACAGCUGUGAACAAGACAAAGUAUUGCUAGUUCUCGACGCCAUGCAAGCGCUCUUCAGCGACAAUCACUGCCCUUUCCUCAUCAUCCUAGCCAUAGAUCCUCACAUAAUAGCUAAAGCAGUUGAGCUCAACAGCCGUCGCAUAUUCGCAGAAUCGAAUAUCGGAGGGCAUGACUACCUCCGAAACAUGGUGCAUCUACCCUUCUACCUUCAGAACAGUGGCUUGAGGAAGGUUAAAGUCGCCCAGCAGACAGCUCAAUUCGUCAGUAAGAAGACUGGUGGCUCCUGGAAUUAUGAAUCCGCGUGUGGUGAUGACAACUACGCGACCACAAGUGCAACCAUUCAGCAUUCGAUAUCUAACAGACGAUUAAGUACAGAGUCUAGCGUCAUUAUGAACAGCAAUGAGAAGCUAAAGCCACCAAGUAGAAAAGGCAGUCGCAAGAUGCGUCUGAGUGAGUCUAUAGCUUCCAGCAUCGGCAGCAAUUUGAACCGUUUGGGAGGAGCGCAAGAUCUCAAUAAGAUGCUUUUGACUGAUGAUUAUUUUAGUGACGUUAAUCCAAGGAGCAUGAGGCGUUUAAUGAACGUUGUUUAUGUGACUGGGCGGCUGUUGAAGGCAUUCCAAAUUGAUUUCAACUGGUAUCAUCUAGCCAGUUGGAUCAACAUCACUGAGCAGUGGCCGUUCAGGACGUCGUGGUUGAUUCUGUAUUACGAUAUGUAUGAGGAGAACUACGAUGAUUCGACGUCGCUGAAGACACUUUACGAUAAAGUUAGGCCCCAGAUUCCGGUGUUGAAGGAUGUACAACCAUUGCUGGAGAUGGAUCGGGAUGAGCGGAAGCUAGAUGUCUUUCUGACGUUCCAUCGGUCGAGUCUUCUGGUCAGCGAUAUGAAAAUCUUCCUGCCGUUUACCAUUAAUUUGGAUCCUUACAUCAAGAAGAAGAUUAAGGAGGAGCAGCAGGGCAUCGAGGAGGAUCCCCUCCAUCAGAGUAUUUUGCUCAAUAAUGGGGGACUGUUGUUGAAUAAUCCUUGGCAGGGAAGUGCUGUGGCCUCGGGGACUCUGGCGAAUCGUCAUGGGAAGCUGACGAAAGCUCCCAGUCUUCAGGGCUCUGGUAUUCUCCAUUCGCCGAUUCCUUCAAUUCCUAAUCAUCCGGCUUUGAAUCCCUGGCCGAUUAUACCACCAGUUUAUAACUGGGUGCCGGGGUAUCAGCCGAAGGUUCCAUCGGCGACUAGUUCAUUACCAUCGGAAUUGCUUGAUGUGAGACUGUCCAAAGCGUCGGUUCAAGAUAUUUGCAAUCUUCUUGGGAGGAUUGAAGAGUUGAAUCCCAGGAAUGUGGAGACUUAUAGGAAUAUUAUUAGGGAGAAUAAUGUCAACGGGAAGGUGCUGCUGUAUUGCGAGAUGUCGGAGUUGAAGGAGGUACUGAAAAUGACUUUCGGUGAUUGGGAACUCUUCCGUAUGCUGGUGACAACAUUACGAGAACAUGAACUGAAAAUACUGACUGGAACUCAGGAUGAGGGUUCCCGCAGUGUUCGUUUCACUGUUGGUAAUGAGCACGGUUCUCACAAAGAUCAAAGAGUGGAGUCUCACGGAAAUAUUCAACGUGGUUCUAUCCACAACGAUAAGGAGAAAUCUACCAGCAGAACUGAUGGGCCUUCCAGACGCGAUCAAGCUAAGCACUCCGUCAUGGAGAAACAGUUUCAGGUAACAUUGGAAGAGCAGAUGAUCUGCGGAGCUCUGCAAACGCUGAAUGAAGAGGCAUGCGAGGAUGUUUUAGACGUUCCCUCACCGUCUGCCAUCCAGCCAGACUCACUAGCAGGAGCAGAUCGUCCGCGAUCCCUGAGCAUCAGCCGAGCCCCAGACACGGACUACGUCCUCCUCCAGCCGUCCCCGAUAUUCCACUGGGCGCCAGUUCCAGACGAGCCAGAGAGCUCUGACGAAAGCUCCCACGACUCCCUCGUGCACCUGCAACGCACCAACUCCCAGAGAAGUGUCGCCUCCCAACAGAGCAUCGAGUCAGACGCGCCAGGUCGUAAAGAUAAACCGAAAAAUCGGCCUCGGUCUAUCCUGACGUCGCCUCCAUCAUCGCCGAGAGCCUCCCGCGGACCGCGACCCAGUGACGACAAUUCUUCCCAGAAAACCAUCACCAAAAGCCUCAUAACUAAUAGCAACAGCAACACUUCGUUGAGUGGGAGGUCCGCGAGGCCCUCGAUGUCUCGUAUUGACGAGAAAAUCGACAGCAUCGAGAUAAAUGUGACACUUCCAUCACCAGAAAAUCCGCAGGAUUCAGACGAACUAUCGAAUAUUGUGAUUAAUGAUCUCAACGCGCAGAAUGACGAGAGUGACGACGAGUCGACUCCACUUGUAUCUCAAGUUUCCUCGCCCAUAAAUGUUCAUUCGUUUAAUUCAAAGCCUCAAACAGGUGGAAAUGCAGAUUUAAGUCGUCACCAAAUCUCGUGCUCUGCGCUGGGCGUCAAAAGGGCGCCUCACACCGGUGACAAUUGCGAUAAUUUUAUUAAUAACUGCAGCGACGAUUCCGUGAGUCUUGUUAUUCGGGAGACCCUUGACGGUCGACUGUCGCGACAAGACGCGGAGGAUUGGGACAGCCCUGAAACCCCAGUGUAAUUUAGGUGUAAGUUGUAUUUUCAGGCGAAUCCGGCGGCCUAGGAAAUUGUGUUAGUAGAUGUUAUCAAUAUUCAAA